UCGCAUUCGCAGGCAUAUGCACUUACCACAUGAUAUCCUCUCCUGCGGUUCUUCGGCUUUCUCCCUUAGACGUGGUUUCGGCUGCUUUUCUGGCCCCACGGACAUUGCGGUGUGUGCGGCCACACCAGCUCUCACGAAUCGCUUCUCUGUCCGGCAACACCAACACAGAUAACACGGAAGGAGCGGCGUCCGAUGGGGCUGAGAAUAAGACAUGUGAUCAGUUUCGUGAAAGGAUUUCCACCGGUCCUAGCCUCGGAGACUUUAUCAGCGCUUCGCGUUAUUACUCUUUAGAACAUCCUGGUCGAACAGUUCCGUCUGUUCGAGCCAGUCCGGGUGAACGACUCCGACUGCCUGAAUGGCUGAAAACCGACAUUCCUCAUGGUGGAAAUUUUGCGAAGCUCACAAAAGAACUUCGUUCAUUGAAGCUACACACGGUUUGUGAAGAGGCCCGCUGUCCGAAUGUUGGUGAAUGUUGGGGCGGGAAAAGUACUGCAGCAACAGCAACGAUAAUGAUUAUGGGCGAUACUUGCACGCGUGGCUGUCGCUUCUGUUCGAUUAAAACGUCGCGCACGCCUCCUCCAUUAGACCCCUCUGAGCCGCUUAACACCGCGCUGGCUGUCUCCAACUGGGGUGUAGAAUACAUAGUCAUCACCACAGUAGACCGGGAUGAUUUGGAUGAUGGUGGUGCUGGCCAUAUUGCUGAAACUAUCCGUCAGAUUAAAGAACACAAACCGUCAAUGCUUCUGGAAUGCUUGGUCCCCGAUUUUAGGGGUAAUUUGGAGUCGGUGGCCAAAGUUGUGGACGCCAAUCCGGAAGUCUAUGCUCAUAAUCUGGAAACCGUGGAGUCUCUGCAGCGGUCCGUUCGCGACUAUCGCGCUGGGUAUCUGCAGUCGUUGCGAACACUUGAAGCAGCAAAGGAACACGACUGUCGCACGAGCUAUUCACGAAGAGGUACUCCACCGACGUUGGUCACAAAAUCCAGUCUGAUGCUUGGAUUGGGUGAAAAGGACGAGGAAGUUCUCGCAGCUUUGCAAGAUCUUAGGAAAGCUGGAGUUGACUGCGUCACCCUUGGGCAGUAUAUACAACCAACCAAACGUAACUUAAAGGUGAAAGAAUACAUCCAUCCAAAGAAGUUCAACUACUGGGCAAGUGUUGCGAAAGAACUUGGCUUCCUUUAUGCGGCAAGUGGACCGUUGGUGCGUUCAUCUUAUCGGGCUGGAGAAUUCUAUAUUGCAAAUAUCGUGAAGCAACGGACCUGCACGUAAUCGAACUUUCACCGGGAAACUUUGAGAUGUCUGUGAUUUCCGACGUUCCAUUAUUCCCCCCCCCCCAUCUUUAGACUCCACCGUUUGUUUCUUCCAGAUCAUCAGACUAGGUCCGCUUCCCAGUUCUCACGAUCCGCACUAUUUCCGGAAUCAGCAGCGCGUUAUUUAGAAAAAUAUUCUGAAAAGCUUUGGCGUCUUUCUGUUAUUAAUCCUGAGGUUGUAUCUGGCCAAGGUUGUUCGAGCG